UCUCCCUUGACGAGAUCACGUGACCGAAAAGAAACGACGGUCUCGUGUCCUUCUUAGACUGAAAGUACCUCGUGCAUUGGCUGUUUCGCGAAAAUUGGCAGGAUGAACAAAGCAUACGAUAACAUGGUUUUUAAUUUGUCAGAAAGAGUAACUUCAGCUACUCACAUAUUGCAAAAGACACUUAAGACAUUAGGACUAGUUUUUGCUGUAUUUUGGGUAGCUGUUUUCUUGUAUGCGUCAUUUUAUUACUAUUACGUACCAGUAGUUGCACAAGAAAGACCAGUCCACUUUCAGUUCAGCGUUUGUGAGUCAGGUAUUGGAAUUUGCUCCUUCCCAACAGCCAAUGUUAGCCUUUCAAAAGAUGGAAAGAGUCAGGUUUUCAACAUGGGACAGCGCUACACGAUCAUCCUUGAGUUGGAUGUUCCUGAAUCAGACAUCAACAGAGUAAUAGGUAUGUUCAUGAUUGAGAUGCGACUGUACAACAAGAAUGGUGAAACUGUUAGCAUCUCUUCUAGAUCCGUAAGUGCAAGCAUCCAGUACAAGUCGGACCUUCUUCGCUCAUUGGAAACAUUUAUGUUUGCACCAAUGUUUUUAUUCGGCUACAUGCAGCAGAAACAAUACCUCAAUAUUGAGCUGUUUCCAGACUUUGUUGAUAACGCGUUUAACCCGUCCGUGGGUCUCGUUCUGGAGGUGAAGAGCAAGAGAGUGGACAUCUAUGCAGGAUUACUCAAGGUGUAUGCCCAGUUCUCUGGUUUGAGGUACUUCCUGUACUCCUGGCCGUUCACAUCGGCUUUCAUCGGCAUUGGAACCAACUUCUCCAUGCUGGGCUUUGUGGUGCUGCUGUCAUGGUAUAAUUCAUGGUUGCCGUGGGCAGCAGCCAAUCAAAAUGCAGUCGUCAAGGUGAUCCUGGCUAAGAAUAGGAAGGAGUCACCUCCCAAGAGCCAACCAGUUCGUGCUGCUACAGAGACUGUGGGAUGUGAGCCAGUCAUGGGUGGAGAUGGACAGGCUGCGGUGGAUACACUGAUUUUAUCCCGUCCUGCUCCAACGGAGGAAGACUCUGGAUUACGCCUCAGACAACCCCGCUCUGUUGAUUUGCCAUAAUGGCUCUCUAAAUUCUAAGUUGAGGUCUGUUUGUAUUGUCACCUGCUUUCUUUGUCAAGCGUAGUGUUUUGGAACAUAUUGGUAAAUGAAAUAAAACAACCAAAUUAGUAAAAAAAAAAACAAUAUUGUCUGACCUUAAAAGGCAUAGUUAUUCCCAUCGCCUAUUGCAAGGUUUGUUAAUCAAUCUUUUAUUUUGUAUACAAGUUUUGUUUUAGUAUUUCAAGACCAACAGUUUUUAGCAAAUCUUAAAAAAUCCAUAUGACAAAGUUUGUUUGUUUUGAUCUUCAAUUGUAUCUAAUUGGCCCAUCUAAAUGCCCCAGUAGGAGGGCAUGUCUGUCCGUCCGUCUGUCUGUCCGUCACACUUUGCGUUUAGGUUUCAAAAAAUGCUCAUAACUUCUAUGUCCCCUGAGAUGUAAACUUCAUAUUUGGUAUGCAUGUGUAUAUGGACAAGGCCUUUCCAUACGCACACAAAUUUUGACCCCUGUGACCUUGACAUUGAACUUGGGGUCCGCGUUAAGGUUUUGAAAUCUGUGUUAGGUUUCGAAAAAUGCUCAUAACUUCUAUGUCCAUUGAGAUAUAACCUUCAUAUUUGGUAUGCAUGUGUAUAUGGACAAGGCCUUUUCAUAUGCACAAAAAUUUGACCCCUCUGACCUUGAAUUUAGGGUCCGUGUUUAGGUUUCGAAAUCUGCGUUUAGGUUUCAAAAAAAGCUCAUAACUUCUAUCAAGCGUUUAUAGGGGUCAUAUGUCAUCCUUCGGUGACAGCUCUUGUUACACUUUUAUUUCUGACAAAGAGUUUUGUUUUGAUGCAUGCUUUUUGCAUAGAGAGGACUAUAUUGCACUGGUCAAUGUUAUGGUAAUGGUCAGUAAUUUUUGCUUGGUAAAAUCUUCAAACCACCAAAAUCUUAAAAGUAAACCAGAUGAUACAAAUAUCCAGCAGGUAUAUCAACAGAUAAAAUUAAAUAAGGGUAUUAUUAUAGUGUGUUUUGACAUCGCAAAUUGAUAUCAGAAUUCGAUAUAUGAGGCAGGUGACAUUUUUGAUGAUUGAAGUGGGUUUAUAAAAAGGUAUUGUGUUCAUUAUUUAUUUUUGAUUAAGUUCCUGGAAUAUGGAAUUAUUACAUACAUGUAGUUGUUAUAUGAUUGAUUGUAUGAUUGUUAAUGCAUAUGCAUUAGGAACAUUUGUUAUUUCAGAAAAGCUUUACAUUCAUAAGUAUACUGUUAUAGCUUGUUUUCUUUGCAAACUGUUAUGAACAUUUUGCAGUAAGUUAAAAACCCAAGUAAAUUCUGGGCCCAGCUUUAUAAUUGGCCAGAUUGGAUUUCUUUCUUAUUUACAAAAACGGAUGUUCACUUGAAAUUAAUUGAAUAACCAUAAUAACUCUUUAGUUUUUCGACACAAUUUUUUUUUCGUGUCCAAAAAUUAAGAUACAAAAUUUUAAAAAGAUAAAACAAAUAUCAGAGACACAAAAUACAUGUGUUUGAUAAUAUAAAAUACAAAUGUUGCAUUGUCGAUUGGAUGCUUUUUGUGUGACCUGCAUUAAAAGGUGAAAUUCUUUUAAAUAAAGAAAAAAAAUGCUAUUGGUGAAUUAAAACAUUUAUUAAGUGAACUCAAAAGUAGCAGAUAUUUUCAUUCAGUUUCUGCCACUGUUCAAUGUUGACAACUUGUUAAGCAAGGACCGACUUUAUUCAGAAUUAAAAAUAGAGUGAUGUUUGAACCAAAUUUAGGUAGGACCAGUGAGUGAAAAUGUAUUUUCCAAACUUAAAAAUGAAAAAAUUGUUUAUUGUAUUAUUAUUGUUUAUACAUAAAUAUGCUUAAUUACGUCUUAAAUGCAAGUUUAAUUUACAUAGCCUCAUAAAAAUGAAGACAUGUUUUUAUUGUUUGUAAGAUUAAAUGGAAAGUGAAGAAAGGAUUUUAUUUUUUGUAAGAUUAAAUGGAAAAUAAAGAAAGGUUUUUAUUGUGCGUAAGAUUAAAUGGAAAAUAAAGAAAGGUUUUAUUGUUUGUAAGAUUAUAUGAUCUCUAGACAACUAAAGGACUGUGAUAUUCAUGCUUGUAAUGAUUAUUUAUGUCUGCACUUUUGUAAAGUAUCUAAUGUUAAUGCUGUUUGUUAUAAUUUUUUUUUCAUAUUUUCAUCCAAAUAGUGUUCUUGAAUGAGUCAGCACAAAGAUUAUUGAAAGAUAAUAUCACAACCUCAAAAUAUCUCCAUGUUGAGUGCAAUGUCCAUUCAUUAUUUCAUUCAAGACAAAGAGAACUCAGGAAAAUAAAAGGAAGAUGCUUGUAUUAAAAAAACUAAGAUAUAAUUUGGUUGUGUAUAUUUUAUUAAAAUGCUAUAAACUGUCUUAACAAUAAUGCUUACAAACAUUUAUUUCAUCAAUCGCUCGAUCUAUUUAAGUAUUUUUUGUUUCAUUAUAAACAACUGACAAACUGUUAUCACUACAAAAUUAAUAGCUUCAGAAAUAAAUUCAUAAAAAUUGGUCAUUCAUGACUCAAUCUUGAUGAAAUUGGGUUUGAAUAAUUUUAUUAUUCAAUAAAUAAAUAGUCGAGUAUUGUCUAGGCGAAGUUCAAAUCCGUGAAUAGUUGAGUCAAAGCUAGGUUACAAGGUUACCUUAUAGACACUCUAAAUGCCUGAACUGUGACUUUUUAGCACAAAAGUUGGUCAGAAUCUUCAUCUGUACCCUAACUGCAAACUGGUUGAAAACUGGGUAAACAGCUUGAAUCAUUGACAAAUGUUAUCUCUGGUGAGUGCUGUAAGCCAUAUGGUCCUCUUGUUUUAGUUUUAAUUCUAACAUGCUACAUGCCUUGGCAAUGAAUUGUGUUGACAAAAAGUUCCAAUUUGUUGUUGUUUUUCAUGAAAAUACAGCAUAGACAACAUGUUAUAAUGAAAGUACA